GUUUGGUUUGGUUGUACGGGGAUGCUGGAGCGAAGAACGGGAAGGAGAAACAUCAGAUGAGACUCAGCCAAUCCGAACGCUCGCUUUCAGGAGGCAUCGACCUAUCUAGCCAAUCAGAGCGCAGUAUUUCAGGCGUUCGCAUCACCGGCAGCUGUUUGCGCUUCACGAGUGUUUGUGCUCCUCAGAUCCAGACUCGGUGUCGUUCAGUCCGCGGGUCAGCGUGCGCUCAGUCCGCAGCAUCAGUCCGUGCUCAUCAUGCCUGACAGGGACAUCAAAUCUCCAAUCUGGCACCCGGAGCCGGAGACAGUGGAGGACGUGUUUGAUCACACGUAUAAAGAGAAAGCAGGGCCCAAGCCUCCCUCCGUCAUAGUGUGGAGAAACGUCUUUCUCAUGAGUUUCCUGCACGUCGGAGCUCUGUAUGGACUCUUCCUGUUUCCAUCCGCCGGUGUUCUCACGUGGAUCUGGUUUUUUGCGUGUUUGUUGUUCAGUGCUCUGGGCAUCACCGCCGGCGCUCACAGACUCUGGAGUCACAGAUCAUAUAAAGCAUCAUUACCUCUCCGGAUCUUUCUCGCCUUCGCAAACUCUAUGGCCUUCCAGAAUGACAUCUACGAAUGGUCUCGAGAUCACCGCGUUCACCACAAAUACUCCGAGACGGACGCCGACCCUCACAACGCUGUGCGAGGCUUUUUCUUCUCUCACAUCGGCUGGCUGCUGGUCCGCAAGCAUCCGGACGUCAUUGAGAAGGGACGCAAGCUGGAGCUCAGCGACCUGAAGGCCGAUAAAGUCGUCAUGUUCCAGAGGAGGUUCUACAAGUCGUCUGUGCUGCUGAUGUGCUUCUCCGUGCCGACGCUCGUGCCGUGGUUGGUGUGGGGCGAGUCUCUGUGGGUGGCGUAUUUCGUCCCUGCUCUCCUCAGAUACGCAGUUGUGCUCAACGCCACCUGGCUGGUUAACAGCGCCGCGCACAUGUGGGGAAACCGGCCCUACGACGGCAGCAUCAACCCCCGGGAGAACAGAUUCGUGGCCUUCAGCGCUAUAGGCGAAGGCUUUCAUAACUACCACCACACGUUUCCCUUCGACUACGCCACCAGCGAGUUCGGCUGCAAACUCAACCUGACCACCUGCUUCAUUGACUUCAUGUGUUUCCUGGGUCUGGCCCGAGAGCCCAAGCUGGUGUCCAGAGAGGCCGUGCUCGCUCGAGCUCAGCGCACCGGAGACGGCAGCCACCGGAGCGGCUAACGAGUGCCGUCCGUCCUAACGAACUGCACACAUGAAAACAGAAGGACGUCUGCUCUUCCGGUGCUGCUUCAUGUCAGAUGACAAAUGUUGUGUUUCCCAGUCUAGCCUGUGAAGCUUUAAUACGGGGAUCUGACCUGUUUGUGUAGCGCUUAUUCCGAUCUUCUUCCUCUUCUCGACAGCAGCUGUAGAUAUUUUUGAGUCCAGUCUUGUAGCUGAUUUGCCAGUUUACUCAAAACCUGUUGCCCUCCCGGUCCUUUUAUGUGCGCGUCUUACCAAAUCUAGCUGUGCAGUUUGGUAGAAAUGAACUAAGAUGCACAUCUAUCUAUUUAAUAUUCAACAGAUGCACCUUACUGCAUCUGGACUAAAUAGAGAUCAGAUGCAGACGUAGUUCAUAAUUUAAUAUUGCCAAUCUAUUUCGUUGCCGUACUUGCACAAAUGGUUCAAUUGCCUGAAUUCUUAGGAAUCUGUAUUGAAGAUUCGUGAUUAUAUUUUUUGACCACAGCACAAAUACGACAGACAAAGUCUUUUUGUUACCACCGAUUGAGAUCAAUUUAAUGUCUAAUCUGUAAACGCACUUAUUUGAGUAACAUUGACUUACAAUUAACAGUAAUUUCGAGGACACCGACGACGACGACGACAGAGAAGGAAUCUGUCGCUGGAUUGAAUGGUUGAGGUUGCGUGAGAAUGACGGCGUGUAUUGAUUCCUCAUUAUUAGGUACUGUAGAAUGUAUAGUUUGGUUUUGUAUUGUAAUUAAUCGUGCAACACCAUACUUCUCUUUUGAGUCCCGCUUUAACGUUUUCAUCUUCUAAAUACGUCUGUAGCGUGAGCAUGCUGUGUUAAUACAGACCUCUUUUCUAUGGCAAAAUAAUACAGACGGACGAAUCUGUGCAUUCACAGUAAUUAUAAUAACUCAUGUGUGUUAUGAUGCCAAAAGCCAUUGUGUUGCAUGCAAUCCGAAUUGGUGCAAACGGAGGUUUUUGCUCUAGUUCACCUGUAUGUUUAAUCAAACAUAAUGUAUUUUCAGAGAGUUCUCAGUGCUAUUUUUCCAUUUUUGGAUUUCAUUUCACAAGUUGCUUGUAAUUAAAUUGUUUGGUAACUUUAAAAAGCAUUCGGAUUGCAGUUCUUUGAAGACUUUAUACUGUAUUUUGACUCCCGUGCCUCUCACCCAGGACAGAUCGCCUUAUUUUUACUCUUGACGCUUGUGACUCAAGAUGCCAAAAAUGCGGUUGUGAUAUUUCUCAUGCUGCUUUGAAGAGAAGCCUUUGACUCUUAAAACUAAAGUGAUGCUCCUGUUUGCGGUAGUCAGUAGACACUUGUUUAAUAAUCAUUUACUGGAAAUAAAGUCUCAAGCACAGAGCUUCUGCACUUUCUGA